GGCGCGCUGGCGGCGGCGAUGGCGGCGGGGUCGGUGUGGAAGGGGCUGGUGGGGCUCGGCCUGUUCGCGCUCGCACACGCGGCCUUCUCGGCGGCUCAGCAUCGUUCGUACAUGAGGUUGACAGAGAAGGAGGAUGAAACGUUGCCCAUAGAUAUAGUCCUGCAGACCCUGCUGGCCUUUGCAGUCACCUGCUAUGGGAUAGCACAUAUUGCAGGAGAGUUCAAAGACAUGGAUGCCACUUCAGAACUAAAAAAUAAGACAUUUGACACAUUAAGGAACCAUCCGUCUUUUUAUGUAUUUAAUCAUCGUGGUAGAGUAUUGUUCCAGUCCCCAGACACAGUGAAUUCUUCUUCAAACCAAGAUGCUUUGUCAUCCAGCUCGGCACUGAAAUUUCGAAAACUUGAACCUCUGCGCCGCUAAGACUUUUACAGAUCCUACCAAUAACCCAGGACACUGAGAUGUAAUAUUCAAGCCGGGGAUGUAAACACUUUUUUAAUUUCUGGAGCAGUAUUUAUAUUGAUCUUCCAGACUUUAUAAAGUAUAUAUAUAUAUAUAUAUAUAAACUAAUGACCUUCUUUGUACACUGUUAACAAGAAUGACCGAAUUAUGGAUUGGCAAUGCAGUGUAAAUUCUACAGUUAUGCUGUGAAACACAUCUCCAAAAGUCUCAGAUAUUAAAAUGAGUUGCAGCUGACUUAACUUCAGUUAAAACAAAAAGCGAGCUAGUUUUUCCUGCAGUUGGUGUCCAUUGACAGGAGAGAAUGUUUGAGUGUAUUUAUUUUCUUGGUUUGCUUGCACUACAGUCUGUGGAGCCCCUCGGAAAUGCUGUGUGCACUGCUUCACUGAACAGCAGGAAAAGGGGCAGCAUCUCCUGUCCCUAGAAUGCCUGUGGGAGACCUGCACGGUGUGGCAAGGGAAGUCAGAAAGAUUGCUUUUGUUUUUAUUAUUUUUUUUUACAAUGCUAAAAAACAGUUGUGUGAAGGUUGGUUUUUUUUCCCCGGGUUUUUCGUUAUCACAUAAUUUCCUUGUUGCCCUCCUUUGUUUUAUGUAAGUGUCUGAUGAUGUCCCCGGGUGCCUGGGCUGUGGCUGGGCUUUAGUGCCUGUGUUGGGGAGGCAGCUCACGUAGAUAACCCACCACACUCCGUCUUCACCCCCUGUAUUCGUGUUCCCCGGCUGUGAACACGGGAACAUUGAACAUUGUGAACAUGCUGAACUGUGUGUUGGCACCAGGUACAAGCUCCAAGUCAUCUUCUCUGAGAAAUGUAUAAGUAUCAGUAAGAACUGUCCCUUCUGUCUGGUCCAGCAGUUUGCUCUGUUUGCUGGCACUAGUCCAGGUCAUGGGACAACUCCCCCUUUUUCUGCCAACAGAGCCUUCCACUUUGAUUUCUCCAGCUGAGCCCUUCUUGAUUUAAGAUUACUGUCUUGAUUUCAUGUAUUAGAACAGAUUAUACAGUCCUUAACUCUUACAUCUAAAUUCUCAUCUCCCCUCAGGGGCUGAAUCAAUGCUAAAAUCUCUCUUGGUCUGGCAUUUCUCCUCCCUGAUGUUGCAAGGGGAGGGUGGGUUGAGAUACUGGUGGGGCCAACAAGAAUUUUGCCUGGUCUGAGGAUGUCUCACUGCCACAGUGGAAACUCAGCCUUUUGUCUUGGCAUCUGUUAGGUUGGUUUUGGGUUUUUUUUUUUGGUUUGGGUUUUGGGAUUUUUUAAACUGCUAAGAACUGUCAAAGGCAAAAAGCUUGGCAAAAGUACUGUGUAAACCGAAGCCUCUUUUUCUAGCUCUGCCCGUCCUAUGGAGUGGGUGCCCCAGUGCUCGAGCAAUACCUGUAGCUGCUGCUCUACAAUCACUCCUAAGCAUCUGGAUGUGGUUGGAAAGGGUUACUCUGCCAGCUGAAAGCAUCUGAGCUGCAGGAUUACUUCCUAAAGUGUCCUGAUUCCCCCCUUGCUGGUGUCACAAAUCAGCUCCUGCCAGCUGCCGUCACCAAAGGCCUCAGAAAUAGUAGGUGUCAGGUCACCUCACUGCAGACAGAGCUCUUUCCUUGGGGAACGGGGCUGCUGUGCGGCAGCUGCUGCACAGAGGGAAGAGCUGAACAUUGGCCAGGUGACCUUGUGAGGCAGAGGAGAGACAGAAUUAGCAGAGGGAGGGAGAAGCACAGCAGGAGGUCAGUAACCACUGUGCCAGAUGGGUCCUGCAGCCGUGGUUGGCAGUGAGGGUUCACAGAGGGUCUUAGAGCAGAGCUGUUCACCCAGAACGUCCAAGAAGCCCCAUUUCUGCUGUUGUAAGGCUACGAGGACCUGCCUGAGGCAGGAGGUACUGCUGUGGGACAGGGGGGUGGAGAACAUCACCUGCUGCUCGGAGCAGGUCCUGCUGGGAACACCCUGUGCGCUGCAUCAGGGCCCUGAUGAGUAGCCUCACCCUGAGCAGCAAUGGUUAUAUCACAAAGCUGUACAAAUUAUUUUUUCUUAUUGAUCUCACAAUGUCAAAUAAAAAUUGAUAUCCUUAAAGUG